GAAAUAUCCGUUGGAUGCACUUGGGAAGCAAUGCAAGGUGGAACGCUAGGGUAACGGUGGCAUCACGUGACGAUCGCAGAUCGUCUCUUUGGCACCUCUGACGGAAGCUCACACUUCUCAACUCCGACCGCAUCGAAUCAAUCCCAUGAACAGGUUGUAUCGAAACCAUCACAAGUUUUCAACGCUCCCCAAUUAUCUUUCCUUCGACCAUGCCCGACCAAAUGCCUCCAAAUACUGGUCUUAACGACUCCGUCAGCAACAUGACACAGACGACGAAUCAAGGGAUGGGAGCCGUGGGAGAUUGUGCCGCCGACAUUGAGAUCUAUAUGGGAGAACAGUCCAGUUCAAUGGCUACGGAAAAUACCAUGCAACAAGCACCCAAGCAGCAGAGCUCCACUGACGGGAAGAAUGGGAAUCCCAAAACCCAGGGGUCCAACUAAUACGGAAAUUCGGCCAAUUCGGGGCAUUGGAGCUGCGGGAUGAUACCGGUAUAGUCCGACCGUACUAGUCGUCCUUGUGUGUGAUCAACUUCCAUUCCUACAACGCCGUCAGCAUAAAUUGCUAAGAUACUAAUGUCAACGAGUAUACCC